AUGGCUCAAGAUACCGCUCCCACCGAAAAGCCUGCUCAAAAGAAGCAACACCACCAUCGUCGCAACAAGAAACCACAGCAACAGCAUCAGGAUUCCAAGGACAACAAAAAUGACACGGCUACUGCUGCACCUCGUCAACGUCGCCACCACCACCACCAUGCUAAGAAGAAGGAUCCCAAACCACCCGCCACACCCAAUGCAUCAGCACCUGAAUCCAAUGACAAUGACAAGGAUAAGGACAGCGAUGCUUCCUCUGAAGCUAGUGGAGAGCUCUGCUUUAUUUGUACCGAACCCAUUGUGACCUAUGCUGUUGGUGCCUGCGAUCACAGAACUUGUCACUUGUGUGCGCUACGUUUAAGAGCGUUAUAUGAAACACGAAACUGUGCUUAUUGUAAGACUGAGCAACCAACAGUGAUCUUCACCAAGGAUGAGGAGAAGCCAUUUGACAGCUAUUCAUUGAACGAUACUCCGUUUGUGGACAAGAAGCUUGGGUUGCGGUUUGAGGAGAAGCAGGUGUACCAGGACACGAUGCUUUUGUUGCAAUACAAUUGCCCUGAUCCAGAAUGCGACAUUGCAUGUGAUGGUGGGUGGCCAGAAUUGAGGAAGCACGUCAAAAAGACGCAUGAUCGAUUCUUGUGUGAAUUGUGUACCAAGAACAAAAAGAUCUUUGCUCACGAGCAUACGUUGUAUUCAUGGCAUCAGCUUCAGAAGCAUAUUCGUGUGGGUGAUAAGGCGCUCAACAAGGAUGAUGAUACUGGUUUCAAGGGCCAUCCAGAAUGUCAUUUCUGCAAGAUCAACUUUUACGGCAACGACGAAUUGUUUGAACAUUGCCGAGACAAGCACGAGCAAUGCCAUAUUUGUGUUCGUGAAGGCGUUCGUCAUCAGUACUAUGUCAACUAUGACAGCUUGGAAGAGCACUUUAAGAAGGAUCAUUAUUUGUGUCUUUAUCGAGAAUGCUUGGAUAAAAAAUUUGUCGUCUUUGAAACGGAUAUCGAUUUGAAGGCUCACGAGGUAGAGGAGCAUGGUGCAUCCAUUGCACGACUUUCGCGGGCUCGACAAACCGAAGCACGACGUGUGGAUGUCAACUUUGACUAUGGCAGCAGUAGCAGUGCAAGUGGAUCACGAGGAGGUGGUGAUAGAGACCGCAGCCGUAGAAACAAGGCACGCAAUAAUGAAGAGCAACGGCGCCAACCUGAGCCUGGUAGAGGAGGACCAGCAUUAUCUGAUAGUGAUUUCCCCAACAUCAAUGGAACACCAUCUUCUGCACCACGGCAACAAGUUUCAAAAAGCGGUGGAACAAGUUCAUCAUCAAAGGGAAUUAGACGUCCUGCUGGUUUUGGAUCGCUAUCAGAGAAUUGGCCAUCUUUGGGAGAAGAUCCUCGUACGCAAGCUUCUAGUUCAAGAGCCGAAUCUUCAUCUUCUUCUCAAGCAGCAGCAGGAGCGUCAUCAUCAUCAGCAUCAGCGUCAUCAUCUGCAGCACCUGAAGUCGUUUCUCGCCAUGCUGCAUUUUUGGAACGUAUCUUUGACAUGUUGAAGAGCCAUGAAAAGGUCGCACAAUUCCGCCACCUUACUACUUCUUAUCGCAAUUCCGAGACGGAUGUGGAUACCUACGUGGAUAAUAUUGUGGACCUUUGUGAUGCAAAUACCGAUCAUGUUUCCAAGAUCAUCAAAGGAGUGGAAGAUUUAAUGGAUAAUCAGGAAAAGAAAUGGGAAAUUGUGCGUGCAUGGCGUAACAAGCAAACUUCAAUGAACAAUUUCCCUGCACUCGAUACAUCAACCAAGGGUCCUGCUGGUCAUGGCACUUCAUCUCGGGUAUUAGUUAUCAAAUCUCGCAACACAAAGUCGGGUGGUACUCGUAGUACGGCUAAAUCCAAGGCUGGUGUUUGGGAUCGAGUUGCCUCUGCAGCUAGUGGUGCUUCAUCAUCAUCUCCAAGAUCAUCACCUCACACUUCAAGACCCAGUUCUCCUGCACCAGUGACAUUUUCAUCAGCCUCUGUGGGUGGCUCACGUACUGCAUGGGCUGGUGGUAGUGGUGGAUCUAGAUCGACAUCCAAGGAAAACGACUUUCCUACUCUUGGCAGCAGUAAUCCUCAUUUCCCAUCCUUACCUUCCGCACCUAAACAGCGCCAUGCCAUCGCUAACCUCCGCAAGAAUUCAUCCUACACCCAACUCAAUGCUUGGGCAGGUGAGAGAUCCAUCGUCAACAAUGAGCCAUUAGAGCAAGAAGAAUCACAAAAGGGCAAACAACGGAAGGGGAAAAAGAACAAGCAAGUCUUGAUGCGUGUUGGAUUAUAA